UGGACUGCAGCUUCGACCUCGUAUCGGUCUUAUCAACACCCUCAGCCGGAGUCGAACGCGACAGUUCAGGAUGUUAGCUUGACACAAAAACCACUUGGCUACACUGCCACGAGUACCGUUGAGUCAGAGGGAAUAAGUGAAUAUCAAGGAAGGUCUGGCCUCUUUCGAAUUUCAUAUUCUUUGAUGGGAGUGCCGAUGGAGCAACCGCAUAUAUGCUAUAGCAAUUGA